AUGUGCGACCAUGCGAAGUUUAGCGUCGACUUUCGUUUGGCAUUGAGUGGACGAUUGAUCUCGAGUUUGCAGGUAGACAGGCGCAGUACAAUCCGACAAGUGCGAGAGGAGCUGACGCAAAAAGCAGCUGGCUCUUCAGCACCUCUUUGCGGGACUUGGAGCCUUUUGUAUGGCGGUAAAAUUCUGGCGGAAACGGCAGCUGUUGACCAAGUACUUGUGGACCAUGCUCUAGUUGAUGUGGUCUGUUCUGCCCAGGGCCGUGUGGUAGUCACUGCAUCAAACGAUUGCACAGCACGUGUUUUCAAUCUCGGUACCGGAGAUUGCUUGGAGCUCCGGGGUCACUUUGGGCAGGUCUUUGCUUGCACAGUCUCUGCCAAUCACUGCCUUCUUGCGACGGCAUCAGAGGACGGCACGGCUCGUGUUUGGGCUGUGCACGAUGGGAACCCCGUUCAGCUGCUGUGUCUGGGCCACGACGGAGAGGUGUAUUCUGCAGUCUUUUCAAGCUGCAGCAGUCUAGUGGUCACUGCAUCACAGGAUGGCACGGCAUGUCUUUGGUGCAGCCACACCGGCCGCAAGCAUUGGCGAUUUCCUCACGCGGCAGAAGUCUACCUUGCAACUUUUUCCUUUGAUGAUCAAUUGGUUCUCACAUCAUCGGCAGAUGGUGCCGCCUGCAUUGUAUCAGUUGGCACAGGCGAGCUCGCAGCAAGGCUUGAAGGGCAUACCGGUGGUGUCAACCGAGCAGAGUUUUCCCCGGUCAGUUCACUGGUGGUGACGGCAUCCAGCACGACAGCACAUCUUUGGGAUGGGACGACAUCGACACGUCUUCACGACAUGAUCGGCGACAGCGAGCUAAAGUUUGUAAACUUCUCCAGCGAUGGCAAGUUGGUUCUCGCCACACGAGCCAGUGGAAGUGCAGAAGUUUGGUGUGUUGUAACGGGCGAACUAAUGUGGACGUGCACGCACCACUCAGAGCCAGUGUACAUGGCGGCCUCAUGCAUGCAUGGCGCCAACAUAGCAUUGGCGUGUGAGGACGGAACAGCUACUCUGUGGAGUCGAGAUGGUGAGCUGCUGCUAACGCUUGCAGACCACGAAGAUGCGGUGACAUGGAUUUCUUUCUCGCCCUGGGCCGACAUGUUGGUAACAGCUUCGUGGGAUGGCACAGCCAGGCUUUGGUCGACGGACUCUGGUGAAUGCUUGGAGAUAUUCGAAGGCCAUGCAGCACCAGUCCUGUACGCGGAGUUUAGUUACUUGCAGAACUGA